AAAAAAAGGGACGGGUUUCUGGGCGGCGCCAAGGCUGCGAGGGGGCGCGGUCACCCACGACGAGGCGCAGGCGGCCACGUCCCCCACCCCUGUCGGGUGAAGAAGCCCGCCCCGGUUUGUCUUACACUCGCGGCCUCCAGACAUGUCCGAAGUGAAGAGCCGGAAGAAAUCAGGGCCGAAGGGAGUCCUCGCGGACCCCGGGCAGCGGAGCGAGGGCGGGAGGAACGCGGAGCCCCGGGGCGGCGGGCGCUGGGCAGACCCCCGCACGGGCCUCAGCCUCCUGUCGCUGGGGACGUGUCUGGGCCUGGCCUGGUUUGUAUUCCAGCAGUCAGAAAAGUUUGCAAAGGUACAAAAGCAGUAUGAGUUACUGAAACUAGAAACCUCCGAUUUCCAAGGACUACAAAGCAAAAUCAAGUUACUUUCAGAAAAGCUUGAGUCUACUGAGAGUACCCUGCAGGAAGCUGCAGCGUCCGCGUCUUUGCUGACCCAGUUUGAGCAGCAAGUUUCCAGCCUCCACAGUGCCAUGCACGGCGUGCAGGACGCUGAAGAAGCGCUCAGCCAGAAGAUGCAAAAGCUGCAGCAGAAGCUCCAGAAUAGUACCGAUUUCUGGAAGAGAACGCUGGAAGAAAUGAAUGUGAACACAGACACGUUCAAGUCAGAAGCCAAGCAGAUACAUUCUCAAGUCACUGUCCAAAUUAACUCAGCUGAGCAAGGGAUAAAGCUGCUCACUGAACGGCUCCGAGAUUUGGAAGACAGCACACAAAGAAACAUUAGAACAGUGCAACGACAAGAGGAGGAAGACCUUCUGAGAGUGGAGGAGCAGCUUGGCUCCGACAGCAAAGCAGUGGAGAAGUUACGAGAGGAGCAGCACGCGCUGCUCGCCAGGGAUGAGGAUCUCACUCAUAAACUGGCCGACUACGAGCCCCGAGUGGAGGAAUGCAAGGCGCACCUGCCAGCCAUCGAAGAUGCUAUUCGCUCCAUUCUCAGAGUCUCUCAGGAUCUGCUAGGAACAGAGAAGAAAAUGGAAGACUUGACCCUGCAGAUGUUCAAUAUGGAAGAUGACAUGCUGAAAGCCGUAUCCGACAUCAUGGAGAUGCAGAAAACCCUGGAGGGAAUGCGGUAUGACAACAGCAUACUGAAGAUGCAGAACGAACUGGACGUCCUCAAAGGAAAAGUUCGACAUUUUGUAGCGUAUUCAAGAGAAAAGGGGACUUUAGAAGGUCAUAACCUAGAAAAUAAAGAAAGUGCUGACGACUUCUAAAUUCCCCACGUUUACUCUGGUGAGCCCCAUCCUGUAUUAACCUGACGAAGUCCAUGUUUUUCAGCUUGCAGACGCCUCAUUCUAUCCUGCACUAUUGGAAACCGCGAUCUCCAGCACAUGGACUGGCCACAGCGUUUCUCCUUUUAAACUCUCCAAGUUUCAUUUUAACCACUUGAGAUAGAAAUUAUUCUAAAAUAUAUUUCUUUUUAGAACAAUACACUUAAUAUUUUUAAAACAUUUUUCUAAUAGCUAAUGGAUUUUAUUCUGAAUUUUGCUUGUUAUAUUGGACCCAAGUAAGUGCUGACGCAAGGAACUAUUGAAGAAUUUUCACUAUUUCAUUAAGUUGCUGUUUUUCAAGCCUAUGUCCAUUUGUUAUACCAUUUCUGUCAACUUGUUUUGCCGUUGGAUUGGGCAGUAAUGUGCCAGUCGCAGCCAAUUCUUCUCGUCCCUCUGUAAUUCACUGCGAGAUAAAAAUCCUUACAACCCAAGUUUACAGGAAUUUUGUCCAAAAUAAAACAUAACGAGGGAGAGCCCGGCGGCUGGGCUGUGUGUUACUGUGCACUUUCUCAAAAGCAUGAACCCUGGGAAAUGCUUUACUUUUUAUUAAGGUUCUAAACUGUGUUAAAGACACCAGUACAACUUUUUUUGGUACAAUUCAGUUUGGACUUACGUAAGACCUU